AUGGACGAAAAUCAAAACGCCAAGAAGAAGAUCAACAAAGGUGAUGAUGAUAAUUCCAGUGGUAGUAAUCGUAGCAGCGAAGGAGUGAGUAAGUAUUUGGAUUUAAGGUUCAAAGUUCCCGUGAUGAAGCGAUCAGCGGUUGAGAAGAAGAGGCUAUGGAAGAAACUCGGCAAGGAGAGAGAGUCACCGUUAUUCUCAUGGCACUCUGUUGUGGAUGCAAGUGCUAUUCCUUUUGCUGCGUUGACUGCUUGGCGUGCGUUGAAGAGUAAUGCUCGGAUACUCGAAGGACAAAGGCUAUUAGUUUUUGGAGGAGGAGCAGUAGGUUUUGCUGCAAUGCAGCUGGGCGUAGCCUUUGGGUAUCAUGUUACAGCCUCUUGUGUUGGUCAGACCAAAGAUAGAAUACUAGCAGCUGGUGCCGAGCAAGCUGUUGACUACUUAACAGAGGACAUUGAGGUGGCCGUGAAAGGAAAGUUUGACGCUGUGUUGGAUACUAUUGGUCGGCCUGAGACCGAGAGAAUAGGCAUAAACUUCUUGAGGAAGGGUGGGAACUAUAUGACUCUCCAGGGUGAGGCUGCAUCAUUAACUGAUAGAUACGGUUUUGUGAUUGGGCUUCCGCUUGCAACUUCACUCUUGGCAAAGAAAAAGAUACAAUAUCAGUACUCUCAUGGAAUAGACUAUUGGUGGACGUAUAUGAGGGCUGAUCCUGAAGGUCUAGCUGAGAUUCAACGGUUAGUUGGAGCUGGAAAGCUAAAGAUACCAGUGGAAAAGACAUUUCCGAUAACCGAAGUUGUAGCAGCUCAUGAAGCCAAGGAGAAGAAGCUGAUUCCUGGUAAGGUGGUUCUAGAGUUCUGA